CUCUAUUUUUCAUAUGUCUGUCAAACUUUUCGUCGGUGGUCUCGCUUGGGCCACAACUGAUGACAGCCUCUACUCUGCCUUCUCUGUCUACGGUAACGUUGAGACUGCAGUCGUCAUCAAGGACCGUGAAACUGGUCGUUCCCGUGGCUUUGGCUUUGUUACCUUCAGUGAUAACGGUGAGGCUCAGGCAGCAGUUGAUGCUCUGAACGAGCAGGAUCUCGACGGUCGCAGGAUCAAGGUCGACCGUGCUGCCGAGCGUGGUGACCGUACUGAGCGUCCCGACCGUGGUGACCGUGGUGACCGUAGUGACCGCACUCACUCCACACCCUACCAAAGCAGAUACCGUGGUGGUAAUGGUGGUUCUAUGCGCGAGGGUGGUAACCAGUCUUACGGUGGUGAGAGUGGUGGUUCCUACCAGAGACAGGGUAACAGCUACCAGAGCGGUGGAGGUGGAGGCUACGGUGGUGGAAACGGCUACAGCAACAGCAACAACGAAUACUCCCAGCAGGGUGGCUAUUAAAAAAAAACUCAUCUCCUCAACUUCCCCGAACAUCUUUUAGCAUUGUCCCCCCACAACCUUAUGUUCCCUCUCCAUUUCGCUUUCUCUUUUUUUCCUUUUUGUAAUAUUGCUCCAUUAAAAAGGUUUUCAUGGUUAUUCGAAACAAACAAAUAAAAAUUGCUCCACAACAUAUUUUUACACAUCUAUUU